AUGCAGCAGACACAUGCAGCAGACACAUGCAGCAGACACCUGCAGCAGACACAUGCAGCAGACACAUGCAGCAGACACCUGCAGCAGACACAUGCAGCAGACACAUGCAGCAGACACCUGCAGCAGACACAUGCAGCAGACACAUGCAGCAGACACAUGCAGCAGACACAUGCAGCAGACACCUGCAGCAGACACAUGCAGCAGACACAUGCAGCAGACACCUGCAGCAGACACAUGCAGCAGACACAUGCAGCAGACACAUGCAGCAGACACAUGCAGCAGACACCUGCAGCAGACACAUGCAGCAGACACAUGCAGCAGACACAUGCAGCAGACACCUGCAGCAGACACCUGCAGCAGACACAUGCAGCAGACACCUGCAGCAGACACAUGCAGCAGACACCUGCAGCAGACACAUGCAGCAGACACAUGCAGCAGACACAUGCAGCAGACACAUGCAGCAGACACAUGCAGCAGACACAUGCAGCAGACACAUGCAGCAGACACCUGCAGCAGACACAUGCAGCAGACACCUGCAGCAGACACAUGCAGCAGACACAUGCAGCAGACACAUGCAGCAGACACAUGCAGCAGACACAUGCAGCAGACACAUGCAGCAGACACCUGCAGCAGACACAUGCAGCAGACACAUGCAGCAGACACCUGCAGCAGACACAGGCUGUUUACCAUCGUUUUGACAUUAUGUACAUGUGA